CUAUAAGUACCUUGCCACUGGUUUUCAUUUCAAAACCAAGUUGAUGGGAUUAAAAAACACUCCCAUGGCUAACCACAAAGUUCUUGCAGUCGUUUUCUUUGUGUUCAUAGGAUUAUUAGGGAUAUGCUCUGCAAAAAGAUCCCUCCUUACUCUUGAAGCACAUAUUUCAGCAGGUGGUUAUGGAAGUGGCCAUGGGGCUGGUGCUGGUAUAGAUGUAAGUGGAGGAUAUAGCGGUGGAGGUGGCUCAGGUGCCGGUGGUGGUGCUGGUUAUGGCGGUGCUGCUGAACAUGGUGGUGCUGGUGGUGGAGGAGGCAGUGGUGCUGGUGGUGGUGGCGGUGCUGGUUAUGCUGGAGGAGCUAGCGGUGCUGGAUAUGGAAGUGGUAGUGGUGAAGGUGGUGGUGGUGGAUAUGGAAGUGGUGGUGGAGGGAAAGGAUCGGGUGGUGGUGGUGGUGGGGUUGGAGGUGGAGGUGGAGGAGGUUCUGGUGCUGGUGGAGCUGGCUAUGGAGGAGGUGAAGGAGCUGGCUCUGGUGGAGGCUAUGGAGAAGGAAAUGGAGGAGGAGGUGGCGGCAGUGGUGGAGGUGGUGGAGGUGGUUCUGGUGCUGGAGGUGCCCAUGGAGGAGGAUAUGGUAGUGGUGGAGGAGAAGGAGCUGGCCAUGGAGGUGGAGUGGGUGGCUCUGGUGGUGGUGGUGGUGGUGGUGGGGGAGGCGGAGGCGGUUCCGGUGCUGGAGGUGGAUAUGGUAGUGGUGGAGGCGAAGGAGCAGGAGCAGGUCAUGGAGGUGGAGCAGGUGGCUCUAGUGGAGGUGGUGGAGGAGGAGGUGGUAGUGGUGGUGGAGGAGGUUAUGGUUCUGCGGGUAAACAUGAUGCCGGGUAUGGUGCAGGUGGUGGGAAGGGUGAGGGUGGCGGCCAAGGUGGUGGCUAUGCGCCUUGAUACUGCACUCUCACUAUUUUAUGAUCUUCUAAAUACGUUUACGUGUCUUCUAGCCUAUAGUGCUAAGAAAAAUAAGGUCAAAUUAAAGAAGAUGCCUAUAAAUUAUUUAUAAUGCAGGUUAAAUGAAGCCAAAUGGUUGCAUUGUCUCGUUA